AAAACGGUUUAGUCUAUCUUCAGAUUUGUAACAUUACGGACAAAUUUGUAAAAGUACGGUUGAUUCGUUUCUUUCGCAGUGAAACUCAGCUCUUUUCGCGUCUUUGUGUGGAACAAUUCGUUUUCGGUGAACCAAACAAACGUUUAUUUUCUGUAGUAAACAGUUGGAAAUUUGAAUUCAAUUAAAAUGAGAGAAUGUAUUUCAGUACAUAUUGGCCAAGCCGGUGUUCAAAUCGGUAAUGCAUGCUGGGAAUUGUACUGUCUUGAACAUGGAAUCCAACCGGACGGUAUGAUGCCAUCAGAUAAAACAAUUGGUGGAGGGGACGACUCAUUCAAUACAUUCUUCAGCGAAACGGGGUUCGGAAAACAUGUACCACGAGCUGUGUUCAUCGAUUUAGAACCAACUGUUGUCGACGAGGUGCGUACUGGCACCUACCGUCAAUUGUUCCAUCCAGAGCAGUUGAUCACUGGUAAAGAAGAUGCCGCCAACAACUACGCUCGUGGCCAUUAUACCAUUGGCAAGGAAAUCGUUGACGUGGUGUUGGACCGCAUUCGCAAAUUGGCCGAUCAAUGUACUGGUUUGCAAGGUUUCUUGGUGUUCCAUUCAUUCGGCGGUGGCACCGGAUCUGGUUUUACAUCGUUGCUUAUGGAACGUUUGUCCGUUGAUUAUGGAAAGAAGUCGAAAUUGGAAUUCUCCAUCUAUCCAGCACCUCAGGUUUCGACCGCUGUUGUUGAGCCAUACAACUCCAUUUUGACCACGCACACCACCUUGGAACAUUCUGACUGUGCAUUUAUGGUCGAUAAUGAAGCCAUCUACGACAUUUGCCGUCGUAAUCUUGACAUUGAGCGUCCAACAUACACCAAUUUGAAUCGCUUGAUUAGUCAAAUCGUUUCGUCCAUUACGGCUUCGUUGCGUUUUGAUGGUGCUCUCAAUGUCGAUUUGACUGAAUUCCAAACUAACUUGGUGCCUUAUCCACGUAUUCACUUCCCAUUGGCCACCUAUGCCCCAGUCAUUUCAUCCGAAAAGGCGUACCAUGAACAAUUGACCGUGGCUGAAAUUACCAACGCUUGCUUUGAGCCAGCCAACCAGAUGGUCAAGUGUGACCCACGUCACGGCAAAUACAUGGCUUGCUGCAUGUUGUACCGCGGUGACGUUGUACCAAAGGAUGUAAACGCUGCUAUUGCCACCAUCAAGACCAAGCGUUCCAUUCAAUUUGUCGACUGGUGUCCAACGGGUUUCAAAGUCGGAAUCAAUUAUCAACCACCAACAGUUGUUCCAGGUGGUGAUUUGGCUAAGGUGCAACGUGCCGUGUGCAUGUUGUCCAAUACCACCGCCAUCGCCGAGGCUUGGGCUCGUUUGGAUCAUAAGUUCGAUUUGAUGUAUGCCAAACGUGCUUUCGUCCACUGGUACGUUGGUGAAGGUAUGGAAGAGGGUGAAUUCUCUGAAGCUCGUGAAGAUUUGGCUGCUCUCGAGAAGGAUUACGAAGAAGUUGGAAUUGAUUCGACAGAGGAUGUUGGCGAAGGAGAUGAAUAUUAGAAUUGAAAACAAGAAUAUCAUCUCACCAACCAAGUCACAUUUGCUUUAAUUACAAUGGUUGUCGCACCGAAACACUGUUCCGUUUUUAACAUGCAUUAGUCAAUUGAAUUGCAACAAACGAUUUUUACUGAACGAAAAAAAAAAUGAUUAAUUAAAAAUAAUAAAUGAAAUCACAUAACAUUCACAA